AUGAUACAGUACAUUACAGAUAGUUCCUUCGACAAACUUAUGAGGCUCUACGAUAAGGACACAACCAAGUAUGUAAUACAUGAGACGAGGAAUAACACGUCAAGAACAAAUUGCCAUAAAGAGAGAGAGGAGGUGCAUAACCACGAAUUGUGUUUAAUUACAGAUGAAGAAGUAGACAUGGAAAUGUCCAUAUCGCCCUUCAUGAUGCUUCUGGAUGAAUGCAAAGAGCAAUAG